AUGCUUGCUCGCGGCCGUCGAGGCUACCAGACGAGCGCAAAGGCGCUCAACUACUGCGUCGAGCUCGUCCAGGAGCGCGACGUCGAGCGCUACCUCUGCAACCUCUCCGCGCCGGCCGCCGUGCGCCCUGCGCUCUUCGCGCUGCACGCCUUCAACCUCGAGACGGCCCGCGUGCGCUCCUCGACACGCGAGCCUCAGAUUGCGCGCAUGCGCUUCGUCUGGUGGCGCAGCACCGUGACGGCGGCGCUGCGCGGCGAGCCGCCCGACAACCCCGUCGCGCAGGCGCUCGCCGGCGCCGCCGCCGGCGCCUCCUACAUCCCCGCCGACGUGGCGCAGCGGCACGGCGCUUCGCUCAAGCAACUCCUCUCCGGCCGGCCGAGCGCCCCGCUCUGCGACGCCGCGGCCGAGCUGGCGCACGAGGCGACCACCCACCUCCUCGCCGCGCGCGCGCUGGCGCCGGACCUCUCCCCGCAAGCGCGCGCGCUGCUGCAGCCCGCGGUAGUCGCGGAGCUGGUGCUGCAGCGGCUGCAGGCGCACGGCUACAACGUCUUUGCACCCGAGCUGCGGGAGCCGCUCGGGCUGCGGCUGCGGACCGCGCUCGUUUGGAACGCGGCGCGGAGAGCGCCCUGGUGGUCGACGGUGACGAGCUUGCCGCUGCUCGUGAAUGGCGGCGCGGACCACACUGCGACCCCGAACGCGUUCGCGGCGCUCACCGUCGAGCGGGCGCGGGCUCUGCUGCGCGGCGGCGCGGACUCUUCGGCCGGCGAGCCGUCGGCCCUCGAGCGGGCGCGCGUCUUCUGCUCGUGGGGCGAGUCGGAUCCGACCGCUGCGGCCGCCGGCUCCACCGUCGCGAUCCACUCUCUGGUCUCGCGGCCCUCGAUGAACGGCGAGGUCGGCGUCGUCGUCUCCGCGAGCGCUUCGACGGGACGCUUCGGCGUGCGCGUGACGGGCGAGGCCAAGGCCCUCGCACUGAGGCGCGCUAUGGCCUCUCCCCCACUCGCCGGAUCCUCUCUUUGGACACGCCCCACGCCUCUGCCCUUCCUCAGGCCGGCCAACCUGGAGCCAGCGGCCGCGGCGGUGGAGGUGGGCAGGCUCAUCCUCAAGGCGGCGGAGUGGUCGCCGCAGUCCCACGAGCUCUUCCCGGAGGCGGCUCGCAAGUGGGCGGUCGAGGUGAUGCGGCUGGGCUACCUGAUCGCGUGGGACGAGGAGCGGUUUGAGGGCGAGGGGGCGGCGCCGGGGCUGGUGGACCUCUGGCGCACACACGUGCUGCCGCACGCGGUCCAGGCAGGUGAAGCUGGUCGAUGA